AUGGCUAAUACUGCACAACACCAACAAAAGACGGACUCCAAACUGCGGAACAUAAGAAAUCAGAUGGGUCAGAUGCAAGCGAUGCAGAGUCAGAUAAGUCAGAUGGCAAUAUCAAUCAACCGUCUGGAGUCUCAAGUAAACGGAAAAUUGCCAUCCCAACCUGAACUAAACCUGAAGAACGUAAGUGCAACGACCUUAAGGAGCGGGAAGGAAAUCCAAGAACCUGACCUCACUAUUUCAAAGGACAAGGAUGAGGAAAAGAUCGAAAGCGAGCUUGAAAAGGAGGGCAGCAAUGACACAGAUCCAAAGGUACUCACAGACCCAACCAUUACAGUAAAAACUAACUCGCCUCUCUUUCCUAUCAGGUUAGAGAAAUCGAGGAAGCAGGAUAAGGAGAAGGAGAUCUUGGAGGUGUUCCACAAGGUGGAGAUCAAUAUUCUCCUAUUAGACGCUAUCAAACAAGUGCCGAAAUAUGCAAAGUUUUUGAGGGAUCUGUGUGUCAAUCGAAGGAGGCUAAGGGGAGAUGAAAGAGUCAUCGUAAGGGAGAAUGUGUCCGCAGUUUUGCAGAGGAAUCUCCCACCGAAGUGCGGGGAUCCAGAAAUCGAAAUAAUAAUUCAAUUAGCUGACCGAACAAAUGCAUACCCAGAUGGGUUGAUCGAGGAUAUGCUGGUUAAAAUUAAUGAAUUGGUAUUUUCAGCUGACUUAUAUGUACUUGACAUGGAUGAUGACCAUUCCCCUGACCCCUCACCUUUACUACUAGGUAGACCUUUUUUGAGUACAGCACAGACAAAAAUUGACUUUAAUAAGGGUACAUUGUCCAUGGAAUUUGAGGGAGAACUAGUCCACUUUAAUAUUUUUGAUACAAUGGAACAUCCUGUUAAUUCUCACUCUGUGUUUGUUAUUCAAGCUAUUAAUCCCUCUGUGCAAGAAUUUUCUGAGUUUGCUUGUAAGGGCAAAUUCAAAUUUACUGAGAACAAGUAUAAGGGGAUGAAAGCAAUGUAUGAGGUGAAAAGGAAUAGAAAAUUAAGAAAGAAUGCUGCACUCAAAAGCUAUUUGGAUCCUGGAGAAGGGCCACCGAUUAUAAGGAAAAUUGAGUUACACCCAAAUUGA